AUAUUUAUAGAAUUUAAUGACACGUUUAUUUUAUUUAUCAGUACUCACCAAAUAUCAUAUUUUUUCGAAAGAAAUAAUUUCAUAGUGAUUGAAAUAAGGUGUAAAAGUAACUGCGCGUUAUGAGCUUGUAACGUUAUCCUCCCUGCUAUUGGUUUUCUGCGUUAAAUCAAUGAUAAAGAUUUUUAUCAGACUUUAGCUGGUAUAUUUAACUUCGAUGCACUUCUAAUUCAAGAAAUGAGUUCAUCCAAACUAUUCUAAUAAACAGUGAAAGAAUUAAUAACAAUUUUUUCGUUUUUGCUUUUGCACCAUACAAAAAUAUUCAUUUUAAAUGUUAAUUGAUAUAGAACAAUAAAAUCAGUAUAUACUUGCUACGUAAAUGUGUCGAGUAUACGUGUGAAUACAUGGUCUGGUGCAUCUUCUCAUCAUUACAUGUUCCUUGUUUGACAAAAUGAUGUCAUAAUAAAAAUCCAAUUGAACAUUGAUAAGAAUAACAUUAUCUACGAUAUUUAUAAGUAUUCUAGAAAAAGUGUUCUUCGUUGAAUAUCUUUAUUAUAAAUAUUACAUGUAAAUUCCAUGAAGACAAUAUCUAAAUGGAGACACAAAGCAACGUAAUCAGACUUUCGAAAGAAGACAUACCAUUAAUAUCAAGACCCCGAAAUAGUAAUUCGUGGACAAGAUGUUGUACGUGGAUGUGGAAAAGAUGUUGCAGAGAACGAGAAUUAAGAGCAAGAGUUAUUCAUAUUGGUCAACCCAUGUAUGAGAAAUUUCCUACCAAUGUAAUACGAAAUCAGAAAUAUAAUGUUGUUACUUUCUUACCAAUGGUUCUCUUUCAACAAUUUAAAUUCUUUCUUAAUCUCUACUUUUUGCUCAUGGCAAUAUCUCAAUUUAUACCGGACAUAAGAAUAGGAUAUUUAUAUACAUAUUGGGGACCAUUAUGUUUUGUUUUGAUCGUAACCAUUUGCCGAGAAGCCAUAGAUGAUUUCAGAAGAUAUAAAAGAGACAAGGAAGUCAAUGCUCAAAAAUAUCAAAGACUGGUUAAAGGUUUGGAUAUACCGGAAUUAGUUCCCAGUUCUAAAUUACGAGUUGGCGAUUUGGUGAUUGUAGAAAAAGGUCAAAGAGUACCAGCGGAUUUAGUAUUGUUGCGUACAACAGAAAAAUCAGGCGCAUGUUUUGUAAGAACCGAUCAAUUAGAUGGAGAAACAGAUUGGAAAUUAAGAUUGGCGAUACCAGCUACUCAAAAGUUAGAAAAUCAUUCCCAACUGUUUGAUAUAAAAGCAAGUUUAUAUGUUGAAAAGCCUCAGAAAGAUAUUCAUAGUUUCAUUGGUACAUUUACACGUUAUGAUGGAUACAGCAGUGAAGAAAGUUUGGGAGUUGAUAAUACUUUAUGGGCUAACACUGCUGUGGCAUCCGGAUCUGCACUUGGGAUAGUCGUUUACACUGGACAAGAAACAAGAUCUUUAAUGAAUCAUUCUGCACCAAGAUCGAAAGUUGGCUUGCUUGAUCAAGAAAUAAAUCAAUUGACUAAGGUCCUAUUUUGUGCAGUUAUUGGACUUGCAUUGGUCAUGAUGUGUUUAAAAGGAUUUAAUGGUCCUUGGUAUCGUUAUAUGUUCCGUUUUGUUUUAUUAUUUUCUUAUAUUAUACCAAUCAGCUUACGAGUAAAUUUGGAUAUUGGGAAAGCAUUUUAUGCUUGGUGUAUACAACGAGAUAAAGACAUUGCUGGUACGGUUGUAAGAACAACUACAAUUCCAGAAGAACUUGGUCGUAUAUCCUACCUACUGAGUGAUAAGACUGGAACAUUAACGCAAAAUAAAAUGGUUUUUAAAAAAUUACACAUGGGGACAAUAUCAUAUUCUCAGGAAGCGUUCGACGAAGUAACAUCCGUGUUAAAAUUCUGCUAUACUAGUAUGGAAAAUUCUCCAACUAAACAACCCGUGCAUAGUGUUAAAGUAAGAAGAUCUGAAAAUACUAGAAUUUAUGAUGCCGUACAUGCUUUAGCGUUAUGUCAUAACGUUACACCAGUUUAUGAUGAAGUCAAUGCAUCUACUAAUUUGGAUUCAGUGAGUGUAGAAACAGGAGAGACUGGAGAUACUGGUUCUAUUCAGAGUCAAGCAGAAGCUGAUCAGGCAUAUUUUAUGCCUGAGCAGAGACGUAAUUAUCAAGCUUCAAGUCCAGAUGAAGUGGCUUUAGUUAAAUGGACAGAAGAAGUUGGAUUAGCUUUGGUCAAACGUGAUUUAAAUUCUAUGCAGUUGAAAGCUCCUAAUGGGAAACUGUUAAAUUAUACUAUACUACAGAUAUUUCCAUUCACUUCUGAAACAAAAAGAAUGGGUAUAAUAGUCAAAUCAGAAGCCACCUCGGAAAUUGUAUUUUAUUUAAAAGGUGCCGAUGUCGUUAUGUCUGGAAUAGUACAGUAUAAUGACUGGCUGGAAGAAGAAUGUGGUAAUAUGGCACGCGAAGGAUUAAGAACAUUGGUCGUAGCAAAAAAGAAUUUGACGGAAGAACAAUACCUUGAUUUUGAAACGAAAUAUAAUGCUGCAAGAAUGUACGUUAGCGAUCGUGUUUCAAGAGUUACAGCUGUCGUUGAAAGUCUUGAACGUGAAAUGGAAUUAUUAUGUGUAACUGGUGUAGAAGAUCGACUCCAAGACGGAGUGAGAACAACAUUGGAAUUAUUAAGAAACGCAGGAAUCAAGGUGUGGAUGUUGACUGGUGACAAAUUAGAAACAGCAACGUGUAUAGCAAAAUCUUCAUUAUUGGUUUCACGUACGAAAGGACUUCAUGUUUUUAAAUCUGUUCUCACGAGAACUGAUGCGCAUUUAGAACUAAAUACUUUCCGUAAAAAACAAGAUUGUGCCUUAGUUAUCAGCGGUGACUCAUUAGAUGUAUGUUUACAAUAUUAUGAACAAGAAUUUUUGGAACUUGCAUGUGGGUCACCUGCUGUUGUUUGUUGCCGUUGUUCACCCACACAAAAAGCUGAUGUUGUCAGCCUAAUACAAAGACAUACUGGUAAAAGAACAGCUGCCGUUGGUGAUGGUGGUAAUGAUGUAUCUAUGAUACAAGCUGCUGAUGCUGGUAUUGGCCUUGAAGGUCUUGAAGGUCGUCAAGCUUCAUUAGCUGCAGAUUUUUCUAUCUCACAAUUUAGUCAUCUUUCUCAUUUAUUAUUAGUUCACGGUAGAAGAAGUUAUAAACGAUCAGCUGCAUUGAGUCAAUUUGUAAUUCACCGAGGUUUAAUUAUUUCGACAAUGCAAGCCGUAUUUUCAGCCGUAUUUUAUCUUUCUUCAGUUGCCUUAUAUCAAGGAUUUCUUAUGGUUGGAUAUGCUACAAUAUAUACUAUGUUUCCUGUCUUUUCUUUGGUAUUGGAUAAAGAUGUAUCAGGAAAAAUUGCACUUACUUAUCCAGAGCUGUAUAAAGAACUCAGUAAAGGUCGUUCACUUUCUUAUAAAACUUUCUUUAUGUGGGUAUUGAUAAGCAUAUAUCAAGGAGGAGUAAUAAUGUAUGGUGCACUUAUUAUGUUCGAAGAUGAAUUCAUUCACAUAGUAGCAAUCAGCUUUUCUGCGUUGGUUUUAACAGAAUUAAUAAUGGUUGCCUUAACGAUUAGAACAUGGCAUCAUAUUAUGAUCUUAGCAGAGAUCUUUUCCUUAGCACUUUAUUUAUUAUCUUUAGUUGUUCUAAAAGAUUAUUUCGAUGCCGAAUUUAUCAAGACAACUGAUUUCUUAUGGAAAGUAUUAGUCAUCACUUUAGUUUCCUGUAUGCCACUGUAUAUCUUAAAGUUUUUAAGAAAAAAAUUCUCCCCUCCGAGUUAUACCAAAUUGACAUGAAGUACAUAAUAUCAAUCUUAUUAUACCAAAAGUAUUACGAAAGAAAAACAUUAAUUUAUAUACAUAUAUAUAAAAUUAACGGCACGAAAAAAUUAUUCAUAUUUGUAUGUCGGUUAUUUUUUCAAAUUAUUAUUAAUUCGAUUGAUCGAUUUCAAAAUGCUGUUGAAAAUUUUACACAAAAAAGGUAUAUGCACCAUUUUAACCACUAACUAUUUUUGUAUAAAUUCUAAGCAAAAAAUAAUAAUAGAUAUACAUAUAUAUAUAUCUCAAGAUAUGAAUUGCAGAACUUAAAGUUCUUCAAUGUUGUAAAUUAUAUUGGAUAUUUAUUACAUCAAUAUUUAUAGUCAAUCAGAGCUGUCCUAAUUAAAAUCGACUGAAAAAAAGGAUAAAAAAAAACCAACAACAAGUUCAAUGUUAUUUAAAUUAUUGCUUUAAACACAAUGCUAUUUAUAUUUGCUUAAAAAAUUUAUAAUGCUGAUUUAAUUUCUAAUUGAGAACACAGGAAUCUCAUUAAAAAGAAAAAGUUUAGUACAGAACUUGCAUUUUUAUAUGACAAUAUUACUGAUAAUUGUUCUCUCGUUAUGUAAUUAAUCUAAUUAUUAGUUUAUAGAAAAAUAAAUAAGAUCUUUUCUUCCAUGCGAGUCUUCUAUCGUAUAAGAUUGCAUGGCAAUUUAUAAUUUU